UAGACUAUUCGCCUCCAGAACGAAACUAGCAAAACUAGCAGCAUAACAAAACAAAAUUUUUUGUUAAAUAUUUCCAAAUUUUCUGUUUAACAAAUAUUAUAAGUCAAAUAUGUCUACAAAGACUCUAAAGUUGGGAUUUUUUAAUAAAUUUCACAAAUUUUUUGGAUCGAAGUGCAUUCGAAACUUGCACAAAGCCGCUGUCAAGCCAGUGCGCCCGAACCCAGAGCCUUGCAGCAACGAUGGGCCAUUGCAGCGGGUGCUCAGGCAGAUCCAAACAAUUCCAAGACCGUCAUAUUUGGGCUUUCACCCGGCACGCGACAGCAAGAGCGAGGAGAUUCCAAAGCUACGUGCAGCAAGUCGCCACACAGCGUCUGCCACAACGUUGGGUGGGCGACCGCGAAGGGAUAUGUCCCAGACAAUGCUCUCUUCGUUCAAGAAAACGCUCUCUGCCUCGAGGGGAGUGGCGGCAAAGGAGCGUUCGAAAAGACAGCGAGAGUCUUCCACGUCUUCGAUUGCCAUGCAAUCUUCGCCAAGUCGGAGAGUUGGGACUUCGCUUAAUGCUGCCGACCUGCAGGACACACGCGAUAAACUCAUGAAGAUGCUACGGCGAAAGGAGCAGCGCCAGAGCGCUCCCAUUGAUACAACCGUAAGUGCCAUUCGCAUAAAUAGCCCGGAAAAUGCUGGCAGCCGGUCCUACCGUCGCAUUCGAGUGCAUUCGUCCUGGCCGCAGCUGAACGUGGACCGCUGUCAGAGCAACGUCAAACUCAUUGGCUCAAACAGUCGGCCGUCGGUCAAGGUGUCCCGCUCGGUUAGGCCACCGAAACCAGCAAAACGCGUUCAAAAGGAUCUGGCCAGUGGGUCAGGUGCUGAUGUGAAGUCGGCCGACAGUCGGUUCGAAAGGUUCGAAAACAAAAACCUCAAACUGGAUAAUAACCGAAAACAGCUAACAGCCAGGAAGCCAGCCAAGAUGAGUGCCUCAGGCAGCGUGUACCCCCCGAAGAAGGUGUCAUCGUCGGGAAAACGCACUGAAAGCAUAAACCUUCGGGCACCCAAGAAUUCCCGCUCGAUAUCGCUCUACGCCAAGCGAAACGACAGUUCUGCACCCGGCAUCCAGCUGCCAGAGGAUGAACAAGCAUUUGAUUUGGCAGAACUUAUGGAAAUCGAAUCGCAACUGAUGUCGACGCUGGCAACAUUCACCGAAGGCAGCCAGGAACUGGACAUGUCAGAGUUCUCUGAUAUAAAAUCCCUUCUCCAGCCAGAUGCUGUGCUGCCCAAAUUUGAUAAGGAAUUCGAUCUGGCAGAAUGCCUCGAAAUGGAAUCCAAAACAAAAGUGGCUUCUGUGGUGGCAACCCAAACCCCCAUCGAGAUUAUCAAUGAGACGCCUUUGCCUGCCAUAGAGGAGUCCCAGACACAGGAGAGUCCUACUGCCAACUCGAACGCAGAGACUGAAAAUAAUAAACCCAAAUACUUUGUCACCUACUGCUCGAGAUUACCUGGAAAUGCCUUCAAGCUCUUCGAUGCUGCUGAAAGAAGCCCAAAGAGAAUCUGGUCGAAGGUGGCUGAAAACGAGAAGGAAGACAACAAGCCCAGCUAUACCAUGAAAGUGCAGUCCAAACCGCUAUUACCCGUGGAGGAUAAUGAUGAAUCCGAAGAUUAAAUUUGCCUCCCAG